ACAACACAGGAAGCUAUUUCAGCUCCGCACUGAGAAGAAAACGAAACUUAAGCUUCCCUGUGUUUGUUUCUGUCUAUGAGAAAACUCAAGUGAAAUGGCAGAAGCCAGUAUUUCUGUGGCUCGGAAUCAGUUCAGUUGUUCAGUCUGUCUGGAUCUCCUAAAGGACCCAGUGACCAUCCCCUGUGGACACAGUUACUGUAUGAGCUGCAUUACUGACUGCUGGAAUCAAGAUGAGCAGAGGAGAGUUUACAGCUGCCCUCAGUGCAGACAGACCUUCACUCCAAGACCUGCUUUAGGUAAAAACACCAUGCUGGCUGAAGUGGUGGAGAAAGUGAAGAUGACAAAAGUCCAAAAACUUGAUCCUGCACCCAGUUAUGCUGGACCUGGAGAUGUGGAGUGUGAUGUUUGUACUGGAAUAAAAUAUAAAGCCAUCAAGUCUUGUCUGCUGUGUCUGGAAUCUUACUGUCAGACUCACUUUGAGCGUCAUGAGGCUUUUCGCACAGGUAAACGACACAAGAUAACUGAUGCCAGCGGACGAAUUCAGGAGAUGAUCUGCUCAAAACAUGAUAAACUGCUGGAGGUUUACUGUCGGACUGACCAGAAGAGUAUAUGCUUACUGUGUACAAUGGAUGAACAUAAAAAUCAUAACACUGUAUCUUCUUCAUCAGAGAGAACACGGAAACAGAAACAUUUGGGAAACAUGCAGAGAAAUCUGCAACAGACAAUCCAGGAGAGAGAGAAGAAGGUUCAAGAGCUGAAAGAGGCUGUGAAAACUCACAAGAGCUCUGCACAGACAGCAGUGGAGGACAGUGAGAGGAUCUUUACUGAACUCAUCCAGUCCAUUGAGAGAAGACGAUCUGAGGUCACACAGAUGAUCAGAGAUCGAGAAAAGACUGAAGUGAGUCGAGCUGAAGGACUCUUGAAGAAACUGGAGCAGGAGAUUGAAGAUCUGAAGAGGAGAAACACUGAGCUGGAGCAGCUUUCAUACACUGAUGAUCACAUACAUUUCCUACAGAGAUUUCAGUCUCUCUCUAAACCCUUGGAAUCUACAGAUGUGUUCAAUUUUGCUGUCAGUUCUGACUCCCCUUAUGAAGACGUGAGGAAAUCUGUCUUUCAAAUGAAAGAACAAAUGGAAGAGUUCUGCACAAGGAAGACAGAAAUCCUACAUAGUCAAGCAUCACAAAUCAGUAUUAUUUACCAGAUUGAACCCAAGACCAGGAAGGACUUCCUACAAUAUUUCCAGCAGCUCUCUCUGGAUCCAAACACAGCCCAUAAACACCUCCGUCUGUCUGAUGGCAACAGAGUGGCUACUAAUACUGACAAAGUCCAGCGGUAUCCUGAUCAUCCCGACAGAUUUGACAACUUCUCUGGGGUGUUGUGUAGAGAGAGUGUGAGCGGACGCUGUUACUGGGAGGUGGAGUGGAGACCGAAUGAGGGUGAUUAUGGGAUGGGUGUAGCACUCGCUUAUAAGAGCAUCAAGAGUUGGGCACCGAGAUGUAUUAGUGGAUUUGGAUGUAAUGAUCAUUCCUGGAGUUUGUUCUGCUCCAAGUCCCGUUACACAUUUAGGCACAAUGGCCAACAGAAGAAACUCUUUGUAUUUCCCAUCUCCUCUAGGAUAGGAGUGUAUGUGGAUUCCAAAGCAGGAAUUCUGUCCUUCUUCAGUGUCUCUGACACAACAAUGAGCCUCAUACAUAGAGUUCAGACAACAUUCAUUGAACCGCUCUAUCCUGGGUUUUGGGUUUAUAAGUCAAAGGUGAAUCUGCGUCAUGUUAAAACAUAUCACCCAGACGACGAUAAUUUUGACGAUUAGUAAAUCAUGCAUUCUUGUUUUCUAUUCAGUAUUAUAUUUAAACCACUGAAAUAGUAUGCUCAUCUCUUACGUCAUUAAUAAAAGAGAUCAAUCCAACAGUGUUUGUAUUAUAAGAGCGAGUCAGAGUGUAUGGUAAAAUAGUUGUAAUCUAGGGUUGUACGAUACUGGAAUUCGGUACCAAUCGAUACUGAAAUUUUAAUAACAUCCAUUUCCCACGAACAUUUGAGCACUGUUGAGCGCAUUCUUUAAUGCCGCUGAUUUGCCAUUGUGUUGACAUGCUCAACAGAAAUGGCUGUUGUUGUAAAAUGGGUGGGCCUUUAAGGGGCGGGGCUGCAGUUUGUGUGUGUGUCAAGCGGAGAGGGAGAGACUAAAAAAGAGGAGUGCUUUCUUUUCGCAAUGAGACUGUUUUGAGUGCUGUUUCCUCUUUGGUGACUGAUGUAGUUGUACCACACGGAGAAUAAUAAAUAGAUGGACCAAGUUACAUGUGUGCUCGUUCAUUCACCGACUGCAACGAAAAGAGAAGGGAGUUAACCCCAAAACCAAUAUUCUUCGGCCCUGGAGUAAUAAGUGAAUCUCCCUUGCUAUCUCUAACACCACAAAGAGACAGAGCAGUAAAGGUUAACACUGUGAUUGGAUGUGAAGGUAAUCAGUUCACCGAACUCACUGCUGUUUACUGAGUGUAAACAUAGAUAUAGAUACACUGGAAUGUUUCAAAAACACAAUUCAUCAGCGGAUCGCUCGUAUGUAAGCUUAUAUACAAACUAGCUGAUAGACAUGAUGCUCCAGUGUACUGUAUCUGUAUCUGUGGUUACUCUCAGUAAACAGCGGUGAGUUCGGUGAACUGAUGACCUUCACAGCCAAUCACAGUCAUGUGUUGAGCAUGGGCAAAUCAGAGCGGUUUAAAAAUGCUCUCAAAUGUUCACUGGAAAUGGACGUUUUCAAAAUUUCAGUAUCGAUUGGUACCGAAUUCCAGGAUUGUGACGACCCUAUUGUAAUCAUUACAGUUUUAUUUUAAAAUUGGUUUGGCGACAAGCGAUUGGUAUAUUUUCAAACUCUUAGUACAUAUAUUACAACAUCACAGGUGCCAUUUUAGUCAACAUUUCAGCAUAUUUUCAAGUGUGUUAGUACAAUACACAAUCACAAAAUAUCCUUGCACUACACAAAAUGUGUGUGUUUUAUCAACAAAAAUGUUUCAUUCACAGUAACUGCCAGAUACAGUAACUAUUACUAUCAAGCUUUUGAUUUGCAUCUUUUACCAUUCAGUUUACUACAUGUUUCUAUCAUUGAAUUUAAUCUUAAUGUUCAAGCAUUCAUUCAAUUUCUUUUUGGCUUAGUCCCUUUAUUAAUCAGGGGUUGCCGCAGCGGAAUGAACCACCAACUUAUCCAGCAUAGGUUUUACGCAGCAGAUGCCCUUCCAACUGCAACCCAACACUGGGAAACACCUAUACACUCUCGAUUACACACAAACACUACGGACAAUUUAGAUUAUUCAAUUCAUCUGUAAUGCAUGUCUUUGGACUAUGGGGGAAACCGGAGCACCCGGAUGAAAACCCACACGAACACAGAGAGAACAUGCAAACUCCACAUAGAAAUGCCAACUGACGCAGCCGGGGCUCUAACCAGCAACCUUUUUGCUGUGAGACGAUCGUGCUACCCACUGUGCCACCGCGAUGCCCAAUGUUCAAUUAUUCAUUCAUUUUCUUUUCGGCUUAGUCCCUGAAUUAAUCCGGGGUCACCACAGAGGAAUGAACCGCCAGCAUAUGUUUUAUGCAGCGGAUGCCCUUCCAGCUGCAACCCAUCACUGGGAAACACCUUUACACUCUCAUUCACACUACGGACAAUUUAGCCUACCCAAUUCACCUCUACCACAUGUCUUUUGGGCUGUGUGGGAAACCGGAGCACCGGGAGGAAACCCACGCGAUGUCCAUUAUGUCCAUUCAUUUCAACUUGUCAUAUUGUCUGAUAAUUUCUAAGUUACAAAUUGCUGCAAGAGUUUUCAGUCAAGAAAUAACAAUUACUGCUGUAAAUACUCUUUGCUUGUCUAUGUAAAUGACUUGAUGUGUCUUAGAUCACGUUUUGAUGUUAUAUAAAUCAUUUUUUUGUCAGUUUGUCUGAACAUAAGUGUAACAUUUUGCUGUGAUGGCUGUGUAUACAGGUUUACAAUACAGUUCAAUACAUGUUCAUUUGUAACCUCUACCAUGUUUUGUUUGCUACUGAAUAAACUGAAAUACUACAGUAUGUUGAAAAAAGAGACAAACAAAACUGUGGAAUUAAUUAUAUUGUAUUAGUACAUGUAACCACAAUAAAGUUCCACUAUGCACAGAA